UUGUUGAUGUGUCAGCUCCGCGGGGGUCUGUGGGGAGGGAAAAGCCGCGGCCGAGAGAGCGCGGUGUCGGCCCCGUCUUCCACCGCUGCGCCUCGCAUCUCCUGGUCUGCCGCCCCCCGCCAUGGAGGAGUGGGUCCCUAGGGCGGAGCUCCCGCGGCCUCGCUAGGGGUGCAGACUGAGGCUCGGAGAAGUGGGAUGUAAAACGAAGAUCAGGAACAGAUUUGAAGAAAUGCAGAGUGAGUUGGUGCCAGUCAGCAUGUCAGAGACAGAGCACACAGCCUCCAUUUCCUCUGGUAAAAAUAUUGGGAAAACAUCUGAACUAAAGGAAGACUCAAGCAACUCGUUUUCUGGUGAUGAAAGCAGCAGCUUAGAAAAUGAGUCCCAACUAUUGUCAUUAAACUUUGAUAAAACUUCAUGUCAGCCUAAUGAAAACAGUAAUCAAAUUGAAGCACAGGAGAACUGUAUUCCAGAUCAUGGUGGAAGUAAAGAUUCUAAAACAGACGUAUGCCCAGAAAAUUCUGAACAAAUAACUAAUUUUCCUGGUGGAGAUUUUACAAAACAAGUUUCAAAAACAAAUGAAACUGAACAGACAGUAAGUCAAAUAUUGGCAGAAUUAAGGUCCUCCACAUUUACAGAAGCAGCUAGUCAAAAGACUUACUCAGAAAGUCCCUAUGAUACAGACUGCACCAAGAAACUUAUUUCAAAGAUAAAGAAUGUUUCAACAUCAGAGGAUUUGUUAGAAGAAAUAGAAUCUGAGCUCUUAUCUACGGAUUUUUCAGAACACCGAGUACCAAAUGGAAUGAAUAAGGGAGAACAUGCAUUAAUUAUGUCUGAAAAAUGUGUGCAAGAUAAGUAUUUGCAGCAGGAGCACACCAUAAAGAAGUUAAUUAAAGAAAAUAAGAAGCAUCAGGAGCUCAUUUUAGAUAUAUGUUCAGAAAAAGACAAUUUAAGAGACGAACUAAAAAAAAGAACAGAAACAGAGAAGCAGCAUAUGAACACAAUUAAACAGUUAGAAUCAAAAAUAGAGGAACUUAAUAAAGAAGUUAAAGCUUCCAAAGAUAAACUGAUAGCUCAAGAUAAUGCAACUAAAAAUGCAGUUCAGCAGUUACACAAAGAGAUGGCUCAUCGGAUGGAACAGGCCAAUAAGAAAUGUGAAGAGGCUCGCCAGGAAAAAGAAGCAAUGAUAAUGAAGUAUGUAAGAGGUGAGAAAGAAUCUUUAGACCUCCGAAAGGAAAAAGAGAUACUUGAGAGAAAACUUAGAGAUGCAAAUAAAGAAACUGAGAAAAACACUAACAAAAUUAAGCUGCUUUCUCAAGAGAAAGGACGUUUGCACCAGCUGUAUGAAACAAAGGAAGGUGAAGCUACUAGACUCAUCAGAGAAAUAGAAAAACUAAAAGAAGAUAUCAACUCUCACAUCAUUAAAGUAAAAUGGGCACAAAACAAAUUAAAAGUGGAAAUGGAUUCGCACAAGGAAACCAAAGAUAAACUCAAAGAGACAACAACAAAGUUAACCCAAGCAAAGGAAGAAGCAGAUCAGAUACGAAAAAAUUGUCAGGAUAUGAUAAAAACAUACCAGGAGUCAGAAGAAAUUAAAUCAAAUGAGCUUGAUGCCAAGCUCAGAGUCACAAAAGGAGAGCUUGAAAAACAAAUGCAGGAAAAAUCUGACCAGCUAGAGAUGCAUCAUGCCAAAAUCAAGGAACUGGAGGAUCUGAAGAGGACAUUUAAGGAGGGCAUGGAUGAGCUACGAACACUGAGAACAAAGGUGAAAUGUCUAGAAGAUGAACGAUUAAGAACAGAAGAUGAAUUAUCGAAAUACAAGGAAAUUAUUAAUCGCCAAAAAGCUGAAAUUCAGAACUUCUUGGACAAAAUGAAAAUUGCAGAUCAGAUACAGGAGCAACAUCAAAGAGGUAAACAAGAAAUUGAGAAUUUGAAAGAAGAAGUGGAAAGUCUUAAUUCUUUGAUUAAUGACCUACAAAAAGACAUCGAAGGCAGUAGGAAAAGAGAAUCUGAGCUACUGCUAUUUACAGAAAAGCUUACUAGUAAAAACGCACAACUUCAGUCUGAAUGCAAUUCUUUACAGUCCCAGUGUGACAAGCUUUCCUGUAGUGAAAGUCAGUUACAAAGCCAGUGUGAGCAAAUGAAACAGGCAAAUACCAACUUGGAAAGUAGAUUGUUGAAAGAGGAAGAAUUGCGAAAAGAGGAAGUCCAGACUCUGCAAGCUGAACUCACUUGUAAACAAACAGAAGUUAAAGCAUUGAGUACCCAAGUUGAAGAAUUGAAAGACGAUUUAGUAACUCAAAGACGUAAGCAUGCCUCUAGUGUCAAGGACCUUACCAAACAACUUCAGCAAGCACGAAGAAAAUUAGAUCAGGUCGAGAAUGGAGGCUAUGAUAAAGAAGUCAGCAGCAUGGGAAGUCGUUCUAGUUCAUCAGGGUCCAUUAAUGCUCGAAGCAGUGCAGAAGAUCGAUCUCCGGAAAAUACCGGGUCGUCGGUAACUGUGGAUAACUUCCCAGAAGUAGACAAGGCCAUGUUGAUUGAGAGGAUAGUAAGGCUGCAGAAAGCACAUGCCCGGAAGCAUGAAAAGAUAGAAUUUAUGGAGGAUCACAUCAAGCAAUUGGUGGAAGAAAUUAGGAAAAAAACAAAAAUCAUUCAGAGUUACAUUUUACGGGAAGAGGCAGGCACCCUUUCGUCAGAGGCAUCUGAUUUUAACAAAGUCCACUUAAGUAGACGGGGUGGCAUCAUGGCGUCUCUGUACACAUCCCAUCCGGCUGACAGUGGACUGACAUUGGAACUCUCUCUGGAGAUCAACCGAAAAUUGCAGGCUGUUUUGGAAGAUACGUUACUAAAAAAUAUUACUUUGAAGGAAAAUCUACAAACACUUGGAACAGAAAUAGAACGUCUUAUUAAACACCAGCAUGAACUAGAACAGAGGACGAAGAAAACCUAACCCGAAGCUGCUGCUCAGUGAAGAGACAACCAUCACACGAGGAGCAGGGUCACUGCCCCGUCUUGUUGGAACCUUCCCCUGCUGUGUCCACCAGUAAAGAAUGAUUGUUUCACCUGUAUAGAACAGUAUCCUUUACCUUAGGAAUGCAUUGCGGUGUAUCCUGUAAGAGUGUAGACUUGAUGAAAUUUGUUUUCUUAUGGUUAUAGCCCGCCAUAGAACCAAAACAACCUAAUUUAAUUUGCUAAGAAUCAUUGAAAUGAUCAGCAUUAUAAGGGCUUUUGAAAACCCCUUCUCCUUUUUUUUCCCCUUUAAAACACACAAUGUCAAAAAUGAUCCAGCUUUUUAAAAUUAUGCAUGAAAGGACCAGUAAUAUGCUAUUUUCCUAACUUAAAGAAAACUAAAAAAUAAAAAUUUUUGUCUUGACAUUCCAAUAUGACAUUUGGUUGUGUUUUAGGUACCAGUGAUUCUUAAAUCUUUUAAUUUUAAUGGAAGCUAAUAGGAAAGUUAGCUUGUGGUAAUUGGCCCAUGAUCAGGCAUGUACCUUAUCUGGGCUAGGUACAUUUUUUCAGAUUCAAAUUGUUUGAAUUCAUAGUUGAGGUUUUUAAGUCUUCAGUUACAUAAAAUAUGAUUUAAAAUAACAUGCUCAUUUAGAAAAUUCCUGUGGACUUCAAUUAUAUUUUAAAAUGUGAAAUUGACUAGUUAUUAAAACAGAGAUGAAUAGUGAAUUCUUUGGAACUGAAAUACUUGAGUUUUACUAAUAUCAAGUGCAAAGAUAAACGUUUAAAAUAUUUAUGAAGAUUCUGUUCCCAAGGGAAUGCACCCAUUCUAUACUGUUUGAGCUCCCAUUCUUCACUAUUGAUAUACUUACAUGUUAUAGUGGAGUGAUCCUACAAUCCCCACUGAUGAGGCGUUUCAGUGUAUUUAUUUAAAACACAAAAUAAUUACUUCUCUGUAACCAAAGGAAUUUUAGAGCCAAAUUUAUGUAUCCUAUUGGAUUUUUACAAUAUUUAUUUGCAAUGUGGCAACUUGAAUGUUGCCAGUUGUAGUGUCAGUAUUUCUAUGUCAUUGAAUUUUUCUUGCUUCUUACAAUUUCUCAUCUGUUAUAAUUUCUGUGUGUGGUUUAUAUUUUUGUCUUGCAGAAAGCCUCAUUUUUGUUUUGGAUUUUUGCAUUCUUUUUUUCUCCCCUUAAGUAAGCUUUGGGAUGAUAGAUUAAAAGCCUUUCAAGAACUGUAUUGCUCUCAAAGUUGGGCUUGUGGUGGCAAUAUCCCUUCCAUGGGUUUUAACAUUUUUUUAGUCAUUGUUUAAAGAGAUGAUUUACUAAGGGUUAAAUGAUUCAUUAUAUUAUUUAUAAUGAAUAAAUUAUAAAUUUAUUCAUUAUAAAUUCAUUUAGUCAUUGUUUAAAGAGAUGAUUUACUAAGGGUUAAAUGAUUCAUUAUAUUAUUUUUUCUGUAUAUUGAGUUAUGUAUUGUCAUCCCAAAACAAAAUAUUUUUACUUCAAAAUGGAAAUACAAGUUUUAAAACAUUUUAUUUUUAAAAUAGCUCUUAAAAAGUAUUAGUCUUACAAUAAUGUGUCUUGUUCUUUUUACCAAUAGUAAUUUAUCAGAAUAAGAGGGUAAGUGCAAUCAAAUCGGAAUUAUUUUCCCAUUUGCUUCUAGAUAUAUAGUUGAUACUCCCAAAGACUACUUAGAGUAGCCAAGGUAACUAAAUUUUUACGGCUUCUUAUGUGAUACAGAUUCAAACACUACAAUGUUUAUUUUCUUCUAAGACACAAAAUGUAUUAAUGGAGACCAAAUAGUGAUCCUAUGUCUAUACACUCUUAAAAAAUAAAAAUAAAAAAUACAUAUAUAUAUACAUUUAUUACAUACAAAAUUGAAACAUUCCAAUAUUGACAUUUAUGUCACCAUUCAUUUGGAGAAAUUUAAAUUUGAAACAAUAAUAGAAGAAAGCUAUUGUAAACCAUAUUUUGACUUAUUGUUACUUUUCCCCCUAAAAUAUAAGAAACUAUGGAAAACUUUUGAAGAAAAUACUUUCCUUUUGUUCUUUAGUUUUUACUGCAUCCUUUUUAUAUGGGUCAGAACUGAGCAAAAUGUACAAAAAUGUGCAUAUGUCAGAUCUCUAUCUCUACACGGAUUCACACGUAGCUUCUGACUUAGAGGGUGUGCUUCCCUUAUUGUGUUGAAUAUAUGGAGAAAAGAAUGGGGUACCCAGACAAGGAAAUAGUCUGGAUAAACCUCAGAUCUGGGGGGGAAUUUUUUUUGUAUGUUUAUUAUGAAUUGUACACAUCCAAGGCUGUUUGGUUUCUUUAAGCAGGAAAUGAUUGUGUGUGUGUGUGUGUGUGUGUGUGUGUAUACACUUCACCAGGUUUCAAUUUUAAAGUGAAUGUUUACUGUGACUCCCCUUUUCCCCAUACCCCUCCAAACUUCAGUGUGUUAAGUUUCAAGGAUUGCAAAUAGUGUGUUUGAGCAGAAUAACGAGCUUGAACUUUGUUGUUUCCUUUUUAACUUUCUUCAUCACCAUUUAAAUAGACUUAUCUUGAAAUUAAAUUUUAUCAAGCUACCAUGUUAUUUAUUCAUUUAAUAAACAUGUUUAUUGAAAACCUGUUGCCUGGCACCAUACUAGGUACCGUGAUGAUAUUGGUGAACAGGCCAGAGAAAGUAGUUCCCCUCCUCCCGGAGGUAUGGUCCUAGAACACACCCGGGAGGAAACGGCAGCUCUGAGCCUCUGCCACUCCCACCAGCCCCGUGGGAAGAGGGUCAGUCCACUGUGUAAGUAGGUGACCCAGAAAUCUCACUCUGACGCUCCUCUUUGGGAAAUGAAUCCUUACUGAGGUACGCGACAGCAGGUUGCUGUUCCCUUGGUAGUUAUAUACAUUUCCACACUUUUAUCACAGUUUGAUGAUUAAUUAUUCCGUAAGAAAAAGGAAAAAAAAAAAUCCAAAGACCAUAAAGUGGCAUUCGGUUUUUGCCAUUUUAGUAAAUUUUUAAUGCCUACUUGAUGCUUAUAAGGAUUAUCUAAUCAUGCAGUCAUGUGUGUUUCCAAACUUUGUUUUGCACUGUAUUAUUUUCUAAAGAUUUUUACAUGUAAAUUUAGACUAAUAUUUACCAGUAGGGGAAAAUAAAAUUAGAAACCAUUAAUGUUGUGAAUGUUAUAUAUACUACCAUGGUGAAAAUAUUUUUAUCAAUCAUGUUGUUAUUCAGUGUGGUUAAUUUGCCUUAUGAAUGUUGACUCCAGUAGCUUAUUUUUCAAUAACUUUUUUAUUUUAAAACAAUUCUUUUUUUGACACUAAGAUUAUUAAUUUUUAACACCAGUUGGUGGCACUAGAAACCUAAAAACUUUUCAAGGCUGAAGAAGAGAAAAUAAUUGAAAAAAUGUAUUCAAACAUCAAGAAUUUUCAGGACAAUACAUGAAAAAUAUAAUUGUAUAUUAAAGUUGUAUUUUUCUUCUGGAAUGGAAUCCUUUUUUAAAAUGCAAUAUGGCUGUCCAUUUAGACUACGAUGAUGAAACUUGCUUAUCUUCCAAAGUUCAUAUAUAUAUAUAGAUAUAGCUAUAUAUAUGUGUGUGUAUUGUACAGAUAAUCUCUAAUUUGAUUACACUGUUCAUUUUGUAAAUAUGUAUAAAAUUAAGCUUUUCAAGAGAAUUCUAUGUAUAUAUUGUACUUAUUAAAUAGGUAUUGCCUGUUUACCAA